ACCCGCAAACUGAAUGGUAGGACUUGUGGGCAAAAUGGGUUCUUCUAGACUUAUUAUUUUCUUGUAUUUGUAUCACUCAUGGAGUGAAGUGCUCAGUACUCCAGCUGAACGUGUCUCCCAUGUGUCUGAUUGGAGUAAUGCUGGGCAACUACUGCAAAAACACAAAGGACAGACUGAGCAUGACAAUUAUCACUUCCCUCAGAAACCUAGUUCCAGUGCUCAUGUGAAGUCAAGUUCGUCUGUUUCCUUGAGAAAACCUACUGCUCUAGUGGAAAGCAGCAUUUGGCAAUCAUCUGUAAAAAAAGCACAUCCUAAGGAACCCAGUUCUUCCUUUGCUUCUGAGAAGUCCAGCUCCCUUUCUGUGAAGAAACCCAGUUUUUGUCUCCCAUCUGAAAAGUCAAGCUCUAAACCUGAUAAACCUAGUGCUCCUAAGCAAUUGAGUUCUUUCCACCCCUCUGAGAAGUCUGGCUCUAACCCUGAGAGACCCAAAGCUCCUACUGAACACCGAUCUAAGCUAGAGACCCCAAGUUCUCCUCUCCCUGUGAAAUCAAGUAUUCUCUUCUCGAAGACCAGUUCUAAACCCAAGAAACCUGGAGCUCUGAUACUCACUUUUUCACUUCCAUCUGAAAAGUCAAGUUCUAAACCUGAUAAACCUAUUGCUCCUAUGCAAUUGAGUUCAUUCCACCCCUCUGAGAAGUCUGGCUCUAAACUUGAGAGACCAAAUGCUCCUACUGAACACCGAUCUAAGCUAAAAACCCCAAGUUCUCCUCUCCCUGUGAAAUCAAGUAUUCUCUUCUCAAAGGUGAGUUCUAAACCUAAGAAACCUGGAGCUCUGAUGGGACCCAUUUUUUUACUUCCGUCUGAAAAAUUCAGCUCUAAACCUGAGAAAUCUAGUUCUCAUAUGCAACAACAUUCUAAGCCAGAGACCCCAAGUUCUCUUCUCCCAGUGAAAUCAAGCGUUUUCCUAAAGACCAGUCCUAAACCUGUGAAACCUAAUUCUUCCCUUCCAUCAGAGAAGUCUAGCUCCCUCCCCACUGAGAAACCCAGUUCUAAACCUGAACAACCUAGUGCUCCCACGGAACCCAGUUUCUCAUUCCCCACUGAGAAACCCAGUUCUAAAGCCAAACAACCUAGUGCUCUUUUAGCUAGUUUUUCCCAUACCAUCUUAGAAGCCCAGCAUUAAAUCUGCAAAACUUGGCAUUGUAAUGGAAUCCAGUUCAUCCCUCCCAUCCAAGUUGUUUAGCUCUCUUCCCUCUGAGAAACCGUUAUAAACCUGAGAAAGCUAGUGAUGCUAUACAAUCCAGUUCUUCCCCCUCUCGUUAGAGUCCAGCAUUAAACCUGUAAAAACAAA